AUGGUCACCUGGCAGGAAGAGAGGUUGAGAGAGUGGGGCUCAUAUGACCACCAGAGCACCCUGGGGCCACUGGACAGCCCACAUUUGCUCUGCCUGCCAGUCAGUGGGAAACCGGCCUUCCCGUUUCGCCCUCCUGCUCAGCUCCCAGGGUGCACCACAGAGGCGGAGCCACCGGAGUUUCCCUUUGCGCGGAGAGUGUGGUCCCAACUCUCAGGACCGAAACCGCCCACCACUCGCCCGGGCUGCCCCUGCCCGGCUGCAUCGAGGCCCCGACCCUUUCCACCCCGGGAGCCCGGGUCCUCGCCGCCCCGGCCCCGAGUCCCGCACUCACCACCCGGCCGGGCCCCGCGGGAUGCGCGCGCUGAGGCGGGCGCCGACCGCUCCGGGUCAGGCUCUGCGCGCGGCCGCUUCCCCCCGGGUCUGGCGGAGCCGCAGCUGUUACCCGGAGACCGAGGGGCGGAAAACUGCGCCCGCUGCCCGCCCCUCCCGCGCGGCGCUGCCACCGCCGGGAACAAAGGAGACAAAGCCGCGUCGGCCGGGCCCGGCUCCGCUCCUUCCCCCUCGCCCGCCGGGCCACCCUCCCCCCGCCGCCGCCCGGGCCAGGCCGGAAGCAGCCGGGAGAGCCGGGCGCGCGGCCCCGAGCCGCCCGGGACCCCGCAUUCCAGCCCUGCAGUCUCGGCGUCGGCCGAGGGCGGGGGACCCGACCCCUCCCGCACGGGGCAGGGAAGGGGGCAGACUGCACCCCAGCUGUCGCCAUGGCAACGCGGGUCGUCCGGGGGAUGAGGAGGGAACCCCUGGAGCCACGGCUGCCCCGCCCCGCCGACCUCACCUGCCCGCCGCGUUGGAACUGGAACUGGGAGCUUUCUCGGUUGCGAGGGGCCGAGGCGGGGGGUCGCGCUCCGCUCCCGCAAGUGCUGGUGGAACAGCGCCCCGGCCUCUUCCCGCCCCGCCAGAGCCGGGUCGCACCCGGGUCCCUCACCUGCUUGGCCCGUUCUGCCUGCGCCUGGCCUGGCCCCGCGCCCAGAGCUCCCUUUCCUUUCCUUCCCCGGCUCCGAUGGUCAUCCCCCUCAACUUUCUUUACCUGAACUCCGAGGCGCCUUGUUUCUUCCCUGCGCACCUGGCCCUGCCCACCAGACUCCCCAGCAGCCAAUCCCUCCUUCCGGCCCCCACCUCUGGCUGUUGGAGAAGAGCAUGGGCUUUGGACCUGGCUUGCACCAUCAACUAAGCCAUGUAACCUGACACCAACCCCCACCCCAGCCUAUUUGCUCACCAGCAAGUGGGGGCGUUACCACCUCUCGCGGGGCUGUGCAGGCAGGGCACCUGGGCUGCAGAGGCACACAAGCAAGGGCUCACUUCUUUCCUUUCUUCUCAGCCCUGGACCCGGACCUGGACCCACCCCAAGCUGGGAAGCGUUGGGCAAGUCUGGGCUCCCUCACUGGCAAACAUCUGGGCCUUCUGCAGAAGGAAACGCUGGCAGAAGUGUUCUCUCCUGGGGCCCAUUUGUCCCCUGUGCAGGGCCCUUCACACCCUGGCAUGCCUACAGCUAACUCAGGAUCCAGAACCUGGCCUAUCCUAUUAGGACUUUUGGAGGACUUUGGCUCAAGGCCAUUGGCACAGCUUCCUGGGAGGCAAAACUGUCACACAGGCAUCUGAAAGCUGAGGUUCAGGUCAUCCGUACUGGCUAUUGCCCUAGAGCUACAGACACCCUCUUCCCAUCUCCCACCCGCUAACAAGGGCCUUUCGUCACUCAUCUUCCAGGCUCUAUGCCUUUCAAAUUUUCCCUCCCCAACUCCUCAGGUCACCCCUUUUCCUCCACUCCCACUUCCAGCACUUGAGUCCAGUCCCCACCUGCAGCCCCUGCACACAGCUGCCUUAAGCUGUCAAAGGGGAGUGGGUUAUCUGCAAUGUGUCAUACCUGCAGUACUCCAACAUCGGGACUGAAUACCAGCCCGAAGCUCCUGUUUACCAGGGCAAACAAAGCCACCCAUGGCCAUUUAGUCCAGGAGUUCAAGGGUCACUUCCCCUCUGAAAAGAGGUCAUACACAUGCCCCACUUCACCUCCCACCUGUGGGAGACCCCUCCCUAUCACUGCCUCCCCCCACUGCUUAGCAUCUUUUCUGCACCAGCAUAGCAAUGUCUCCCUGGAUCCCUCACCCUUAGCCUCUGACCUCAGAGACUGCCCACCUGGCACCCUGGACCCGCCACCUCAUUCUAUGCAACUUCCCCACACCCAUCACCACCCCAGCCAGGACAGUCUGCCCCAGUCCCUCACCCACUUUGGCUUUCCUGCCUCUGCAGUUUGAGGGAGCCCCCUGCACAUGCACAGAAUCCUUCUCUUCCCAAAUCCAUUCAACUAAGUGCACACCCUUCAGGACCUACCUCACCCCAGAGGAAACUAGGACUUCCAAACCCCACAACCCCCUUCAUCUGUACACAGAUAUGGGGCCUUCUGCCCUAUGAGGAGUGUGGACACUUUAAGUGUCUUUCCAUCCCAUGCCAUUCUGGGGAGCCAUUACUCGCCAAGGAUAGAGUGACUGAGGGAUCAAGUGCUAAGUACUGGGGUGGGGGGCAUUUAGUCCAUGCCCACUGCCCAAGACUGAGCCCAGGCUCCAAGAAGGAAAUGUGCCUUAAGGGAAACACUCCUGGCUCCACAGGUUCUGACAGCUCUGCACAGGCACCAGUGAACAAGCCCCACCUGCAGCCCCUGCACACAGCUGCCCCCUGAGCUCUCAAAGGGGAAUGGGUUAUCUGCAAUGUGUCAGACCUGCAAUACUCUUAACACCAGGACUGAAAACCAGCCCAAAGCUCCUGUUUACCAGGGCAAACAAAGCCACCCAUGGCCAUUUAGUCCAAGAGAUGAAAGGUCAUGGUUCCCCUCUGAAAAGAGGUCAUACACAUGCCCCACUGCACCUCCCACCUGUGGAAGACUCCUCCCUGUCACUGCCUCUCCAUUCACACUACUUGUGGCCUGAGCUCUGCCCAUGGCUGUGGAAGUUAUCCCUGGGCUGUAUGUGGGUAUGCACUCAGCCCUAGUGGCACACUAGUGCUGCCCAAAGCAUUCUCUGUACCAGGGAUCCAGAUUGGCCACCAAUCCCUAUACUGAGGUCCCCAGCAACAUUUAUCAACCAUUCCUCCAAUCUCUCUUCCCUGCUAUCCUCUGAUCACUCCUCCAGUAUUAACACCGGGAAGUUCUGCCCCACAUGGUAGAGAAAAUGAUCCAGGAGAUGGGAAGUAACCAUGGUCACCAACGAGUAAGCAGCGGGCUAGGUUCCACUUGCUGGAACUCCCAGGUCAUUUGACACAGGACAGUCAGGUUGUGGAGGGCAGGCCAGGAAAUUCAAAAUGAAAAUCUGGGCCUCAGGAGUGCAUCCAAAACAGUUCAGGAAAGAGGACAAAGAGAUGAGAGAGAAACUAAAGGGGUGACUACUCCAACUCCAGACCCAACCUUCAGGUCUUGGAUCUUGAUCCUCAAUGAACAAAAAAACUCAGUCUGAUUGUUUUAAAUAAUAAAACUCAGGAAAUUUUAAU